AUGGGCUCGUUUAUGGAGGACCUCUGGUCUAGCAUCUUUACCCCGGGUCCCACCCCCUCCCUCCUCAUCGCGACCAACGUCACCUUCGCUGCCCUUCAGGCUCUCCUGUUCGCCCUCCUCCUCGCCACCUAUAGCAUCCACUUUUUCGUCCUGUCUAUCUUGUCCGGCGCCCUAUGGUGGUCCAUCAACUGGUUCGCUCAGGAGCUUAGGCAGGUGCAAGCUGAGGAGGCGGAGAAAAAGCAACAAUCGGAAGAGCCUGCAGAGAGCCAAGCCAAGUCAGACGGCAGUCGGAAAACCCCGGCGACUCUCGACAGUGCCGGGAGCGAUACGGAAACAGAACUUCUAACGGAGCACAAGGGUGCUGCUGCCACCGCUUCCGCUCCUCGGUCUCUUGCUGCAUCGGCAACACUUCGGCCACCGGAGGAACAAGGCGAAAUUCGGAAGCGCCUGAGCGUCAGCGGUGAGAGCUCUGGUUACCAAAGCACCGAUAGCGAGUGGGAGAAGGUAGAUGACGGUAAGGCGGCCUAG